AUGCUCUCAGACAAGGAGGGCUUCGUCCGUCUCCCCAAUGAACACAUCAUUUUUACCUCCCCGCCACGCACGACCCUAUCACUGAAGCCCAAUUCGGGAAAGGAAUCAUUUUCGAUCAGCAGCAGUUCAGGCAGCCUGUACCUCACAAAUCAACGGAUCGUGUACCUCCCCUCGCAACAGAAUCCAGCCUUUCAGUCAUUCACAACUCCUCUCCUCCACAUCUACGACAGUCAUGUCUCGGCGCCUUUCUUUGGUCCCAACGUGUGGACUGCCAUCGUGCGACCAGUUGCCGGCGGAGGAAUACCGGCCUCGAUACAGGUGGUGGAGUUGAAAUUUUCAUUCAAGGAAGGCGGUGCCUUUGAUUUCCAUUCGAAUUUCGAACGCAUCAAGGAUCGUCUGGGCCAGGCGGUUGAACACGCGAGAGAACAGGGCCCAGCGACGUCUCAGGCAACCCCCGGCAGAGGGGUUGACUUUACGCAUGUUCACCUUGAUGAACUGCCCGCCUACGAUGGAGCCAGAAACCCAUCACAAGUUGGCGACAACAACAACCAGCACCAGUCCUCAAAUUCUGCGACACAGGCGAGCACCACCGAGAGCGCCGGGGCCAAUACGGAUUUUGCGCCUCCUCCAAUGGAACCUCCGCCAGGUUAUGAAGAGGUGCAGCAGCAGAGCGUGGCGGCAGAGCUAGAAGAUCGGCUUCGCAGGACGAGCUCAUGA